AGUCCAACAGAGGGCGACAACUGCACAUAUCGUGUCACGCGGUCCUUCGUUGCAACGGAAUUCACCGCUCGUUGUCCUUCCUCCCAUCCCGCAACAGCAUGGCAAACUUGGAACAAGUUGAAGAAGACCCUAAACCCGUGAAAACGUCAACGGAGGUUUCUGCUUUAAGUCUACCGAAUCCAAACGGACUGUCGACGUUAACGGCCACGUACACGAUCACGCCGCCAUGCUUGAUCCCUUCGUUCGCUGACGCAUGUAAGCUGGUGUCAGCGCCGUACUCGUGCCUGGUCAUGCACACACACAGGAGGCAUUUAGCCCUUUCACCCAUGUACCUGAAGAAGAAGCGUACUGGCAUACAGGAUGAACUGAACACAGAACUCCUCAGAUACUCUGAAAGUUUGAAAGGAGUGCCUCUGGCUUAUGACAACAUUCGGAUUCUGGGUCCGCAAGGGAAUAUCCAUGAUGAUAGUGGCUACAUCCACCUGGACGUAGAAGCGAGCUUUGUUGUGUUUAAGCCCCAGAGAGGAAAAAAAAUUCUGGGUGUUGUGAAUAAGCUGGCUCUGAACCAUGUUGGCUGUCUGGUUCAUGGCUGCUUUAACGCCAGUAUUCCCAAACCUUCCCUGGUUCCCGUGGAGACAUGGAGAGAGAAUGGGCCCGAGAUAGGGGCGGAACUGGAGUUUCUGGUGUCCCAGCUGGAUGCCGAUACAGCAGGGGUGAUGCUGAUCAGAGGAAUGCUGGACAGAACAAGGGUGCAGGAGCUGAUGGCCAUGGGAGAAGAUUCAGGAUAUGAUUUCCCCAUAGAAGACCAGGAGGAACCUGCUGUGGACCGUGCGUUAGAACCCACUGUAGGACCCACCGUAGAACCCACCGUAGAACCCACCGUAGAACCCACCGUAGAACCCACCGUAGAACCCACCGUAGAACCCACCGUAGAACCCACCGUAGAACCCACCGUAGAACCCACCGUAGACUCUGUGGAUGGGACCCUGACUCCCAAGAAAAAGAAGAAAAACAAACACAGAGAUGAGGAGGAAGCUGCAGUUCCACCCUUGAGCCCACCAGAGGGCGCUCUAACACAGGAGCUGGAUGGAGCGGCAGAGGACACCAGCAUCAACACCCACUCAGGGGAGAGGGAAAAGAAGAAGAAGAAGAAGAAGAAUCGGAAGGAUAAACACGGAGAGGAAGAAUCUGUGGUACCAUGUUCCAUCUUUCCUGAAGUCGUCGUGAAACAAGAGCCCAACGAAACAGAAGGUGCAGAUUUGGGGGUGGAGGUGGAGCAGAAGAAGAAGAAAAAGAAGAAGAAGAAAGAGAAGGAAGUGAAAGAGAAGGAAGUGAAAGAGGAGGAAGUGAAAGAGGAGGAGGUUAGCGUACCUAUUGAGGUGCCAGUGAGAGACUCCAGUGGUUACCUAAGCGACAAGCCUAAUAGGAAGAGGAAACCUGUGCCGUUUGAUGAUAUCACAUCCUGUUUCGAGAGAGACCCAGAAACACCCAAAUCCAAAAAAAAAAAACGAAGCUCGCAAUGUUUGAAAGACUAAGUCAUAUCAAAGGACCACACAAUCAUUAUUAUGAUGAGAUGCUCAAGAUGCCCUUGAGUCAUAGUUUUGUAUUGUUAACAUCAAACUCGAAUGCUCUGAUAUCUCACAGUUCAUUUCAUACUAGAGGUACAAUUCUAGAUCCAUUGGCAAGGGCCAUUUUGGAUGUACUUUCCUAAAACCACCUGCAGGGGGCGCUAAUUGGUUGCUAAUGUUCACUGAAAUGUGAUUCACAGCCUUACUUGGUGUGACUACCUAAAAAAUCUAAUGUAUCUUGUUUGAAGUGUUGAGGGAUGCAUAAUGAAUUUAUAAUGACUUAAGAAAACUUCUGUCUGUCUAUUACCCAAUACUACAGUGUAUGGGUGAUAUGGUCUAUUGGUAAGUUUGUGACACAUGGUGCUUUCUACUGGCAUCUUAAUACCAGAAUUGCUUAAAGAGCCUAUGAUCAUCAAGUGUUUAUGUACAUUAAAUAAUUAUAUAUUUUGAAAA